ACACAAGGGGGUCUCAAUGAGAGUGAUGGUAGCCUCGGAAAAUGGACUGCUGGCAACUCCACCUAGCCAAUGAGAUUAACUAGGAGGCAGGGCUCUUUCCCCCGCCGCCCCCUUCCCUUCUGUGCGUGCGAAGACUAGGUUGCGCUCUGGUGUAAGCGGAGCUGCCGCGCGCCGCCACCUCCCCCCUGUCUCUCUCUCUCUCUCUCUCUCUCUCUGUGCUCCGCUGUAGCUGUCCUUCAGCAGGGCGCUCUCGAGACCGCCGGGGAGCGCGAGCUGUGGCGGCAGCAGCCGGGGAGGAAAAACAAAAGCAGACCGAAGGGGACACGCACAGCCAUGGAUUACUAUGACUCUCAGCAAACCAAUGACUACAUGCAGCCGGAGGAGGACUGGGACAGGGACAUGCUUUUGGAUCCAGCUUGGGAAAAACAGCAGAGAAAGACAUUCACAGCAUGGUGUAACUCUCACCUCCGCAAGGCCGGCACACAGAUUGAGAACAUAGAGGAAGAUUUCAGGGAUGGUCUUAAACUCAUGUUACUUCUGGAAGUCAUUUCAGGUGAACGUUUGGCUAAGCCUGAAAGAGGCAAAAUGCGAGUGCACAAAAUCUCCAAUGUGAACAAGGCCCUGGAUUUCAUUGCUAGCAAAGGAGUGAAGCUGGUGUCUAUUGGAGCAGAAGAAAUUGUGGAUGGAAAUGUUAAAAUGACACUUGGAAUGAUCUGGACCAUCAUCCUUCGCUUUGCCAUUCAGGAUAUCUCUGUGGAAGAGACAUCUGCUAAGGAAGGGCUUUUGUUAUGGUGUCAGAGGAAGACAGCUCCCUACAAAAAUGUGAACAUCCAGAAUUUCCAUAUCAGCUGGAAGGAUGGCCUUGGCUUCUGUGCUUUGAUUCACAGACAUCGCCCAGAGCUCAUCGACUAUGGGAAGCUGCGAAAGGAUGAUCCUCUUACUAACCUAAACACAGCCUUCGACGUGGCUGAGAAGUAUCUGGACAUCCCCAAGAUGUUGGAUGCAGAAGACAUUGUUGGAACUGCCCGCCCUGACGAGAAAGCCAUCAUGACCUAUGUUUCUAGCUUCUACCACGCCUUCUCAGGAGCCCAGAAGGCGGAGACAGCAGCCAAUCGUAUCUGUAAGGUGUUGGCAGUCAAUCAGGAGAAUGAACAGCUCAUGGAAGACUAUGAAAAGCUGGCCAGUGAUCUGCUGGAAUGGAUCCGCCGCACCAUUCCUUGGCUGGAGAAUCGGGCGCCUGAGAACACUAUGCAAGCCAUGCAGCAGAAACUGGAGGACUUCCGGGACUACCGCCGCCUGCACAAGCCCCCCAAGGUCCAGGAGAAGUGCCAGCUUGAAAUCAAUUUCAAUACCUUGCAGACCAAGCUGCGGCUCAGCAACAGGCCAGCAUUCAUGCCUUCAGAGGGGAAAAUGGUCUCGGACAUAAACAAUGCAUGGGGAGGCCUAGAACAGGCUGAGAAGGGCUAUGAGGAAUGGCUGUUGAAUGAGAUUCGAAGGCUAGAGAGGCUGGAUCACCUGGCUGAGAAGUUCCGGCAGAAAGCUUCCAUUCACGAGUCCUGGACAGAUGGUAAGGAGGCAAUGCUGCAGCAGAAGGAUUAUGAAACUGCUACGCUGUCAGAGAUAAAGGCCCUACUGAAGAAACAUGAGGCCUUUGAGAGUGACCUAGCUGCUCACCAGGACCGUGUGGAGCAGAUUGCUGCUAUUGCACAAGAACUCAAUGAGCUGGAUUAUUAUGACUCACCAAGUGUCAACGCCAGGUGCCAGAAGAUAUGUGACCAAUGGGACAAUCUGGGUGCUUUAACCCAGAAACGUAGAGAGGCCUUGGAGAGGACAGAGAAGCUGCUGGAGACAAUUGACCAGCUAUACCUGGAAUAUGCAAAACGAGCCGCUCCUUUCAAUAACUGGAUGGAGGGGGCCAUGGAGGAUCUGCAGGACACCUUCAUUGUUCAUACCAUAGAGGAGAUCCAGGGAUUGACCACAGCCCAUGAACAGUUCAAGGCCACUUUGCCAGAUGCCGACAAGGAGCGACAGGCCAUCCUGGGAAUCCACAAUGAAGUCUCAAAGAUUGUCCAGACCUACCAUGUCAACAUGGCAGGAACCAAUCCCUACACGACCAUCACCCCACAGGAAAUCAAUGGCAAAUGGGACCAUGUGCGGCAGUUAGUUCCUCGAAGAGAUCAAGCCCUGCUGGAAGAGCACACACGCCAGCAACAAAAUGAACGACUCCGGAAACAGUUUGGCGCACAGGCUAAUGUCAUUGGGCCCUGGAUCCAAACCAAGAUGGAGGAGAUCGGCCGCAUUUCCAUAGAGAUGCAUGGGACCCUGGAGGACCAGCUCAACCACCUCCGGCAGUAUGAGAAGAGCAUUAUUAAUUACAAACCAAAGAUUGACCAGCUGGAGGGAGACCACCAGCAGAUUCAGGAGGCACUCAUCUUUGAUAACAAGCACACCAAUUACACCAUGGAGCAUAUCCGAGUGGGAUGGGAGCAGUUGCUUACAACAAUUGCUAGAACCAUCAAUGAAGUGGAAAAUCAGAUUCUGACCCGUGAUGCCAAAGGAAUCAGCCAGGAGCAGAUGAAUGAAUUCCGGGCCUCCUUUAACCAUUUUGACAGGGAUCACUCCGGCACACUUGGCCCUGAGGAAUUCAAAGCCUGCCUCAUCAGCUUGGGUUACGAUAUUGGAAACGAUGCACAGGGAGAAGCAGAGUUUGCCCGCAUCAUGAGCAUCGUAGAUCCCAACCGCUUGGGUGUAGUGACAUUCCAGGCCUUUAUCGACUUCAUGUCCCGGGAAACAGCAGAUACUGAUACUGCUGACCAGGUCAUGGCUUCCUUCAAGAUUCUGGCUGGAGACAAGAACUACAUCACUGUGGAUGAAUUACGACGGGAACUGCCUCCUGAUCAAGCUGAAUAUUGCAUUGCUAGGAUGGCACCAUACAGUGGGCCUGAUGCUGUACCUGGUGCCCUGGACUAUAUGUCCUUCUCCACAGCGCUCUAUGGCGAAAGUGACCUUUAACCUCUUCCUUUCUCCACACAACAUAUUUCCCACCCUCUCUCCCGUCCAAGCGCACUCUUCUUUCUGUAUGCAAAGCAGCCUCUGCUCCGCCUUCUUUUAUUUUGUGUCUCCGUUUUUGCUUCAGAUAACAGAUCAUGUUUAUAAGGGGGGACACUGAAAUGACCGUCUACCUUGCCCUUGAAAUGACAGUUUACAAAAUUAUUUUCUGCAAAAAAAAAGUUACAUUUAAAAAUAGACAUAUUUUAUUAUAGAAAAACAGGUAUUUUUCUCCAUCAAAUUAAAACAUAAAGAGAAAAUUUAAAAAUAUUGCACCAAAUGUUUUAUGUUGUGACAUAGGAAAUUGAGCACAGUGUUACAUUCCAUUCUCCUUUACAAAAAUUAAAUAGAAAGGGGGGAAGAAAAAAAAAAGGAAGCCACCUGUACUGUUAACUUUUCCAUUUGCAUAUGUCUUUUUAUCAUGUUUAUCUUGGGAUGGGGAAGGGGGGGUCAGACACGCAAGUGCAUGUGUUUGCUGGUUCACUCAUUUCAUGAAAAUAUUUUAUGAUAAACUUUUGAAAUUGCUGUGUUUUCUAGGGAAAAAAUAAUGUACACAGCUCAUGUUUUCAUAUUUAAUUAAAAAUUUUCAAUAUGCC